AUGCCAGAUGGCAGCGUCUAUGUAGGCAGCUUUCGCUACGGUCUGCGGGACGGUCAAGGCGUUCUCACGCUUAAUGCGGAGGGCACUGACACCUACGAGGGGCACUUCCGGGCUGGCCACUUUGACGGAUAUGGUACUCGCCAGUGGGCAAACGGAUGUGUCUACAAAGGGCACUGGAAGCAAGGUCGCAAGCACGGCGAAGGCACCCUGAUAGAACCUGCUGGGAAGAGCUACCGCGGCCAGUGGCAUGAUGGUAGAAGGCAUGGCUUUGGAGUUCUGCAGCUUGAGGGCCACUCUCGAUACGAGGGUCGAUGGGAGAAUGGCAUGCAGCAUGGCAGCGGCAAGUACACGGACCUCAGAAAUGAGACUGUGCUUGAGGGCCAAUGGCUUUGUGGAGCACAUCACGGGCGCGCUCUGUUGCGAAGCAAGGGCGGCGCCCGCGAGCGUCUUCAGUACAACCAUGGCAUGCUGAUGCAUUACCAGGAGUUACCACGGCCUACGGUCCUGCCGCCUGUGUCAAAGGCCACGGGAUAUCUGCUGACCAAGAAAGCUUGCGGGACUUGA